AUGCGCCCCUUCGAAGGGGACACUUCCUCUUUCAAGUGGGGAAUCAUUACCUAUCAGGAUUUCCUCGACGCGUUGGUAGCGGCAACCGCGUAUUGGACCAACACUCUUACCGCUGAGGGUCUCAAGCAAGGCGACGUGGUUGGCAUGUGGCUGAAGGGAUCACACUGGAGUGACCUCGCACACAUCUACUCUGUCGCUGCGGCGGGGUUCGUACCGGAAGUAUUCGGGCUCGCCUUCUCCGCUCCGUUCGUGCAGGACCUGCUCGACACACAUCAUGCCCGGGUCCUUAUCUACGCAGACACGUUCGAGGCGCUGCUACCCCGGGUUGAAUGGCACCAGACGGCCGUCAAGCUUCCCAAGCUAUACAAUUUGCCGAUGACAGGCGCACAGCCCAGCGCGCCGCCGGACGUGAGCGCAGACGAUGUCGCCAUGAUUUUCCACACGAGCGGAACAACCGGCGGGCGCCCGAAGCCCAUCCCGCAGACGCACAAGUGGCUUGUCGCCGAGGGCGAAGUCACCUGGAAGUGCGUGAUCCAACGUCACCCCGAAGGACAGCACAUCUUCAAUAAUAUCGGCAGUUUCGCGUCUAUCGGCGCUGCUACCUGCGUUACUUUCAUAUCUUGGUCAGGCGCAUGCUUGACUCAGAGUGCUGGCCGAGAGAUCACUGCGGACGAGUUCUUGGCGAUGGUUCAGCAAUGCGGACUCAACUUCCUGUUGCAGUAUGCACCUUGGCUCGCGAAGCUACUGGCUGCGGCACGCCAGCGACCUGAGGUCCUCGAGGCUCUCCAAAACUUGCAACAGAUCGCGUACACUGGUGCCGCACUGAACCCUGAAGACGAACGAUGGGCGCUGGAGCAAGGCAUUCGUCUCACGCCCAUGUAUGCCAACACGGAAUGUGGACCUCUUAUGGUUGCCAGCCUGGACUCGGGGGAGUCCUACUUGAGGCUUGCUUCCGGAGUCAGGUGCGAGCUCAGACCCUUGGGUCUCGGGGAGAAGGAUGAUUCCUCGGCUCCCUCCCGUCAAUUGUACGAGUUCUUCGUCUCCGCCGAGUCGAAGACCUGCCCGCACCCAACUAUACGUAACCGCCCAGACGGUCACGUUACGGGGGAUCUAUUCGAGGAAGUGAAGCCUGGCUGCUACGUUUUCCGCGGCAGAAGCGACGACUGGAUCCGGACUGGCGGCAAUCCGGCCUUCUGUGACACGAAGGCGAUCGAGGAGAACGUCCUCAAGACAUGCGAGGACAUCGUGCACAACUGCGUGGUGGUUGGCCAUCAGAGGGUCUGUCCCGUGUUAGUGGUCGAAACCGAGGGGGCCGUCGAUGUGUCUACCCCGGAUGCGGAGGCGCAGGUCAAGAGAACAAUCGUCGAGCGUACCGCGCCGUUCAAUGAAAGGCUGUUCGCGCACGAGCGCAUCACGACGCCAGAGUGUAUCUUGUUCGUGCCUGUAGGAUCUCUUCCGAGAACAACGGAGAAGGGAAAUGUCAGGAGGAAGGCAACGGAAGUUCAGUUCAAGACUGAAAUCGAAAAUAUAUAUUUGUCGCUGGUAUGA